AUGAGUCUACAGAUUGCUGAUCCAAACGAAUCAUCGCUCAUUGAUGCCGAUAUGAGUCCACAAUUAAUAGAUGAUUCAAUAACAGACUAUGAUCAAGGUGACAAAGAUAAUGUCGAUAAUUCAAAUGAACAACCUUAUCGAUGGAUAACAACAAUUUCAAAAAUAAAACCGUAUCAUCAUCUACUACCCACAUCCUAUUCUAAACGUUCAAACGUUCCAUUACAACAAAAAUUUCGUCCACAUUGGUCACCGUUAGUUGCAGCUUAUAAACGAUGUGGUGAAUUAACAAGAGAUGAAAGAGAAAUAUGUUUUAAAAGUGCAGUACAAAUGUUAUUUGUCCAUAAAUUGAAAUAA